AUGAUAUUCAAUGAAGAUAUAGAACACCAUCUCCAGAGGGCAAUAUCAGGCACUGGUCUGAUUAUACCAACACCUGAGGUAUGCCAGGUCAGCGACCUGGAGUUCUACGAGAGAUGUUAUCCGCCCGACUACAAAAUGCCCAAGCAGCACAUACAUAUGCAGCCGCUAUGGGAGGAGCAAGAGGCACCCGAGUACGACAUCGACUCGGAGGACGAACGGUGGCUGAAACAGCAGAGGCAUCCCGAGCUCACAGAACUGAAGUUCGAACAGAUGAUGGACAAAUUGGAGAAGAGUUCGGGCCAGACGGUGGUGACGCUGAACGAGGCGAAGCUACUGCUGGAGAGGAACGACGAUCUCGUCAUCGCUGUUUACGAUUAUUGGCUCAACAAGAGGCUCAAUACGCAACACCCGCUGGUCCUAUCUGUGAAGACAGAGAACAGGCCGGGCCAGUCAUCCAACAACCCUUACCUGGCGUUCAGGCGGCGUACGGAGAAGAUGCAGACCAGAAAGAACAGGAAAAACGACGAGAGUUCGUACGAGAAGAUGCUGAAGUUGCGUCGUGACAUAGCGCGCGCACUUUCCUUGCUGGAGAUGGUGGCCCGCAGGGAGAGCGCGAAACGUGAUCUGGUGAAGCUCACUGCGCUAAUCGCGGAGCGACGCUACGCCGCCGGCGACUUCGCCAACCAGUUGUUGCCUGAUCCUCCACCGAGGCCAGCAUACACUGCGGUUCAAAUAGCGUCCAGCAACUUCCGCCGUGAAGCCUACACACUCCCACACUACCCGCCGCGACCGCCUCCCACACCUGUCGACCAACCCAGACAGCGUGAGAAACGACCGUACAAGAGACGAAAGCACAGACACCCUGCGCCCGGGAUUGUGCAGGGGCUUAGAGACUCGGGCGUGUACACCUCUUCGGAGGAGGAGCCCAGCAGAGCGGAGACCGCCACCCCGCCCGACGAUGGACCCUUCGCCUUCCGACGGAAGCCUGGAUGCUACUACGAAAUGCCCACGUCAACACUGCAUGGAGACCCGGUGGACCCAGAGGAUCCUUCAAAACAGGGAAUGUACGAACACGAAAUGGAUGAGAGGCAUAGGUACACGCUGACGUCGCUGCGCGCGCCGGGCUCGGGCGGCGCGGGGCGCUGCGUGGGCUUCGCGCGGCGCCGCGCCACCCGCGGGGGCCGCCUGGCGCUCGACCGCGUGCGCACGCCGCUCGACGACCUGCUGCCCGACCUGCCCUUCAGCUUCCCGCACUCGCACCACUACCGCCAGGAGAAGGACGAGGAGGUGGAACUCGAGACGCAAGCUCACAGAACGCCAAAAGAAAUGUCGAGAGACUACCACACGAGCGGCAAAUACCCAUGGAGGCAUGCGUUCAGACGACACCUCGCGAGAAACCCGGACCUUUGGACUGAACCCGCGCCCGAUGACGUGGACGUCAAAUUAUCGGACGUCGACGUCAAACCCGAGCCGAUGGACGAGGAGGAGCCUCACGGCACUCCGACCCUGGCCGACAGGGCCGACAACCUACCCGACGUCAUACAAGACAGUGUUAAAAGUGAUAUUAGAUUUAGUGCAAGAACUAUUGACAAUGUUGUGAGAGAAAAUAUAGAUAGAGUGAUGCGCAAACGAGCGUACAGUGCGUGUAGUGAUAGCAGUUACGACUCGGACGAAAGCCUACAACCUGUUGAGAUGGAGUUCGAGAAAUUCUUCAAUGAAGUUAAAAAGUGGUUACAUUUCCGACCAAAAACACCACCACAGUCGCCGAUGCGCGAGGACAAACACGAGGACCAAUUUCCGGUCGCUUUAGACACACCGAUCUCAGUAGAAUUGAGGGCGGCGGAAAAACCGCCUUCAGAAGAACUUGGCACAUUCACUACCUCGGAGUUCACUCUGGGUGAACUGUACCCGGAAAUUAACCCGGAUGUGGACAACAGUGGCAGCAGUCUUGACAUCAGUGGAGACGAUCUGCUAACUGAUAAUUUCACUGGUCUAACAGAAGCCCAAGUAGAGAGCAUUCUGUCAGAGACAGACCUCAAGGAGUUGGCUGACGAGGCUGACAAGAAGAUUGCAAUAACAGACGACAUACUGGACGAGCUGGUAAACAACGUUGACGCCAAGGAUUCUUUUUUAUUGCACGGCCAGAGCUCGGAGGGGCGUGCCGACUCUGGCCCGAGAAAGAGAAAGGCGGAUUCGUUCGGUUCGACCGUCGUGAACGUAACCCCCGUGGAUAAAGAGCCCAUAUACGUUGACAUGGUGAUACCUGAACCGCCGCCAGUCAAGCUCGAAACGCCCAAAAAGAUUAAAGACGAGAAAAUCAAUGACAUCCCCGCGCCUGUACCCAACUCGAAGAUCAUCGUCGAAGAAGUCAAUGAAGUACCGCAGAUUAAAAUUGAGAAGAAAAGGAAAGAAGACACAAUUGAAGAGGUGCAGUUACCACAUGGCGUACAACUGAAGACAGUGCAGACGAAGCACUCACCGCUCAAGAAGCACAUAAUCACGUCGGCCGGGCACCGGCGAGCCAGUGACGUCACCAUCGUGACGUCAGUUGCCGCCUCGGACCCGCCCACGCUGCCGCAAGUGCAGGCCGCGUCACAGCCGCAGAUUGUCACUGUCGCUGUAUCAGAUAGCUUGAAGGUUCGGUUACAAAAUCAUCUAUUGUCGAGUCAAGCAGGAGUGUUAGUACAGAAUGGACCUUUCCCACCGGUGGCUGUUGCGGUGCCAGUGCAGCAGAGAGAUGGCACAGGUACGGCGAGCGUCAGCGGGGUGAGCGCCGUGACCGCGAGCGUCAGCAGCAGCGUGGCGGCCAGCGCGGCCGGCGCCGCUCGCCGCGUGUCCGCGCCGCUCGUGCAGCUCGCCGGCACCGCGCUCGGACACAAGCACGUGCACGUGCACGGCGCCGCGCACUCCUCGCCGCUCGUCGUGGCGCAGUCGCACACCAUCCACCACGUGGCGCCCUCCAAGCUCAAGGUGCUGCACGCGCACCCUCUCACGCAGAGCCAGCGCACGGCGCUGCUGGCGCAGAACCGGGCGCUGCAGGGCCUGCCCGCGGUCGUGUCGCUGGCCUCGCUCGACGGCAAGGCGCCCGCCGCCGCGCUGCUCAAGGCGGCGCCGGGCGGCGUCGCGCAGCUGUUCGAGAUCAAGGGCGGCCAGCUGGGCAAGGGGCCGCACCUCGUCAACGUGGUGCGCGGGCCCCCGCCGCGCCCCGCGCCCGACGACAAGCGCCGCGUCAACCUCAGCCUGGACGGGCGCCAGCUCGUCAUGCCGGUGCGCCAGCAGAUCCAGCUGCGCACGCGGCCGCUGCCGCUCACGCGGCCCGAGACGCCGCGCGCGCUCGUGGCCAACCUGCUGCACAAGGGCGUGCCGCUGCCGCGCAACGUGACGGGCGUGCAGGCCAUCGCCUUCGCGCCGGGCGGCGCGCUGAAGACGGCGCGCGCGCGGCUCGUGGGCCCCGCGCGCGCCGCGCCCGCGCCCGCCACGGACGCGCCGCCCGCCGCCGCGCCCGGCGCCGCGCCGCCCGACCCGGACACGCCGCGCGCCGACACGCUGCCCAUGGAGGUCACGUGA